AUGCAAAUCUUGCUGCUUCUUCUAUUUGGUUUCAUUUCAAUACAUUUAUAUGUCACUGCUGAUGAUACUGUCAUCGUUUAUCCAUCAUCUAACAAUCAACAAAGUUUACAACAAAUAAUAAACUCUAUUUUCACUAAUGUAACUAUAUUGAUAAAAUCUGGUGUCUAUACAGAAACGGCUAUUAUUGAAAAAUACAUUGUUAAUUUAAUUACUUACGACUCGACUCAAGUUGUUGAGUUUCGACAAUUGACAAACAAUACCAUUUUAUCAUAUCGAAAUGGUGGUGGUGGUCAAGUACAAGGAAUAUUGUUUACUGGAAAAAAUGGAACAGGUAUUAGUGGUUCUCGGAAUAGUCAAGAAGGACUUCCUGGAAAAAUGAGUAUUAUCAAUUGUGUCUUUCAAGAUAUUGGAAAUGGCAUAAUUAAUCAAUUUUCUCGCAUGUCGCUUGUUAAUGUUACUGUUAAUCGAGCACAAUGGCUUUCUAUUGAUUUGCAAGGUCGUAUGAAUGAUCCAGGCACGACUAUUCAGGAUAUUGUCGUUUUAGACAGUGGGAAUGGAUUUACUAUACAUGAUGUCAAUUGUGCUAAUACAAUUCUUUGGAAUAUUGUAUGUCGUAAUAAUAAAAAUGGUGGCCUCAUUAUUUAUAAUACAUUGGAUGGUCCAUUGACAAUAGCUGAAAGUACAUUUGUAAAUAAUGGUAUUGCUAAUGUUUUUAUUUCCAAUUCAUAUUCAGUAAUUGUUCGCGAUAGUCUCAUUACAAAUGCACAACCGAAAUCUGGUACCAAUGACUAUGGUGAUGGAUUUGUAGCAAUGAAGAACAAGGAACCAAUCGAAUUACGUACAAGUACUGUAUUCAAUAAUUAUCGUUCUGGUGCGAGCGUAUGGGGUGGUAUAUUGACAUUAACAAAUAAUCAAUUUCGUGGCAAUGCAUUCGAUUUGAACUAUGAAACUGUAGAUGGUAUACCAGGAAGUUUUGAUGGUUCAUCAGGAAAUAUUUGUUAUGAUGAUCCUCAUGGUACAAAUGAAUGUCAUUCUUUGUCAUCAUCACCAGAACCUCCUCCACCUCUACAUCCGUAA